CCUAGCUAGGCCUUACCAUGGAGAACAAUGUGCUUAUGAUGUCGAUCCUUAUGGUUGCACUGAUGUCUUACUCACCGUGUGCUAUUGCUGUUCGGCCUUGUGGCAACUGCGGCCGCCUUUUGGUGCCAUAUCCACUCAGUACUCGACCAGACUGUGGCGACCAACAUUACAAGCUUCGGUGCACUGCAGGCACGCUAUGGUUCGAUGGUGUAAAUGGAUCAUCCUACACGAUCAAAACCAUUAACCCACUAAUCCGAAGACUAAUAAUUCAACCACCAAAUUUAGCCAACAAUAGUUGCAUCUCCAGUGAUUUUCAUAGUCAAGGAAUCCAACUCGAUCACAAUCUUCCCUUUAAUAUCAGUAGUAGUAACACCAUUUUGUUACUCAAUUGUACAGAUUCAGUGUCUCAUUUGAAAUUGAACCCACCCAUGGAUUGUUCACCUGCUAGCAUUUGUCAUAACUACAUUAAGGAGCAUGCAGCCGCCUGUAUAAUUGCACCAUUAUGUUGCACAUUCAGGACUGGUGGGUUGCAAAAUGUUGAUGCUCUUAAGGUCUAUGUUGGAGAGUGCAGUGCAUAUCAGAGUUUUGUGAACUUGGAUUUGAAGACAGUACUAGCUCUGAAUAAAUGGCCUGAGCCUGAAGUGGAGAUAGAAUGGAUGUUGCCUCAGGAGCCAGUUUGCAGGACUCCAGUGGACUGCAGAGAGUUAUUGUACUCAAAAUGUUUGGCUGACCCGAUUAUUUUUGGACAGAAACGGUGCUUUUGUAAUGCUGGCUUUAAGUGGGAUCCCAUAAAUGGAUUGUGCCAAAAUGUAAAGUGUCGCACAGGUAAAGCUUGCAGAAAAAGAAAGAAAAAGACUGCACUGUUUGCUGGUGUGGCCCUUGCAGGAGGUGCAAUCCUUCUAGUAGCAGUAACUGGGAUUCUGUUCUACAACCAGCAUCACCGCUCGAGGCAGGCACAAAAGAAUUUGAUCAAAGAGCGGAAAGAGAUGUUGAAUGCUAAGCAUAGUGGGAAAUCAGCCAGGAUUUUCACCGGCAAGGAGAUAAUUAAAGCAACAAACAACUUUUCCAAAGACAACCUUAUUGGUUCUGGUGGGUUUGGUGAGGUCUUUAAAGGCAUUCUUGAUGACGGAACCAUAACGGCUAUCAAGCGUGCGAAGCUUGGAAACACUAAAGGCACCGAUCAAGUGCUUAAUGAGGUGCGAAUUCUUUGCCAGGUAAAUCAUAGGAGCCUUGUAAGACUCCUUGGUUGCUGUGUUGAACUUGAGCUGCCUAUCAUGAUUUAUGAGUAUAUCCCAAACGGAACCCUCUUUGAGCACCUUCAUUGUAAUCAAUCCAGCAAGUGGACUCCAUUGCCCUGGCAACGGAGGCUACGCAUUGCACACCAAACUGCUGAAGGCUUGGCAUAUCUUCACUCGGCAGCUUUGCCUCCCAUUUAUCACCGCGAUGUCAAAUCUAGCAACAUUUUGCUUGACGAAAGACUUAACGCCAAGGUUUCUGAUUUCGGACUAUCUAGGUUAGUGGAGACGAGUGAAAACAAUGAUAGCCAUAUCUUUACUUGUGCUCAGGGUACCCUUGGUUAUCUUGACCCAGAAUAUUACAGGAACUUUCAGCUGACAGAUAAGAGUGAUGUUUAUAGCUUUGGAGUUGUUUUGAUGGAGAUCUUGACUUCUAAGAAGGCAAUUGAUUUUAACAGGGAAGAAGAAGAUGUGAACUUGGUGGUUUAUAUGAAGAAAAUGAUUGAAGAAGACCGAAUAUUAGAUGCUAUUGAUCCAGUUCUAAAGGAGAGUGCGAGCAAAUUGGAAUUGGAGACGAUGAAAGCACUGGGAUCGCUGGCAGCAACUUGUUUGGAUGAGAAGAGGCAAAAUCGACCUUCAAUGAAAGAAGUUGCAGAUGAGAUUCAGUAUAUCAUUGGUAUUACUUCAGAAAGAGUUUCUAAGUCCUAGUUUCUUGUCUUGGCAUAGCUAUGAAUAAGUGCUGCACUGAAUUUUGAUAACAGUAGUAUCUUGUUUUCAUUUUAGUUUUUUAUAGAGAAAUGCCUCUGAUUUCACCCACUGCCAAGCGAAAUCCCGAUGUACCAAA